AUGGUGCUGGGAAGGUACCUUCUCCAUUUGUCUGUACUGAGUGCUCUGCUGGCUGCGGGGGCCACAGAAGGAUCCAGAAACCAUGAUUGGCUUGGUGUCUCAAGGCAACAGAAACCUACCGCCUGGAACCGGCAGCUGUAUCCACAGUGGACAGGAGUUCAGAGACCUGACUGCUGGAGAGGUGGCCAGGUGAAUCUGAAGAUUAGUAAUGAUGGACCUACACUGAUUGGAGCAAAUGCAUCCUUCUCUAUUGCCUUGAAUUUCCCUGAAAGCCAAAAGGUACUGCCAGAUGGACAGGUUAUCUGGGCCAACACCACCAUCAUCAAUGGGAGCCAAGUCUGGGAAGGACAGCCAGUGUAUCCCCAGGAACCAGAUGGAGCCUGUAUCUUCCCUGAUGGCAGACCCUGCCCAUCUGGACUUUGGUCUCACAGAAGACGUUUUGUUUAUGUCUGGAAGACCUGGGGUCAAUACUGGCAAGUUCUGGGGGGACCAGUGUCCAGACUGAGCAUUGGGACAGAACAGGCAAUACUGGGUACGCACACCAUGGAAGUGACUGUCUACCACCGUCGGGGGUCCCAGAGCUAUGUCCCCCUUGCUCACUCCAGCUCAGCCUUCACCAUAACUGAUCAGGUGCCUUUCUCAGUGAGUGUGUCCCAGCUGCAGGCCUUGGAUGGAGAAAAUAAGCACUUCCUGAAAAACCAACCUCUGAUCUUUGCCCUUCGGCUUCAUGACCCCAGUGGUUAUUUGACUGGGGCUGACCUCUCUUACACUUGGGACUUUGGAGAUAGUACUGGGACCCUGAUCUCUCGGGAGCAAAUGGUCACUCACACUUACGUGGAGUCAGGCCCAAUCACUGCCCAGGUGGUGCUACAGGCUACUAUUCCUCUUCCUUCCUGUGGCUCCUCCCCAGUUCCAGGUACCACAGAUGGAGGUUUACCAACUGCAGAGGCCUCUGGUACCACAGCUGGGCAAAGGCCCACUACAGACGUUGUUAGUACUACACCUAGUCAAGUGCUAACUACAGAGCUCUCUGGAACCACAGUCAUGCAGGUGCCAACCACAGGGAUCAUAAAUACUACACCAGAGCAAGUGCCAACCUCAGAGGCCAUAAAUACCACACUCACAAACAUGUCAACUGCAAACAUGUCACCUGCAGAGCCCUCUGGAGCCACAGUGGCACCCAUAACCACCACAGAAUUGGUGGUGACCACACCUGGAAAGUUAACCACUCUUGAACCUGAAGGUCUAGUUGCCAGCUCAUUUGUGCCUGCAGAAAGUAUCACAGAGUCCCCGAGUCCCCUGCUGGAUGGCACAGACACAUUAACGUUGGUGAAGAGACAAGUACCCCUGGACUGUGUCCUGUAUCGAUAUGGUUCUUUUUCCCUUAAUCUGGACAUUGUCCAGGGCAUUGAAAAUGCUGAGAUCCUGCAAGCUAUUCCAUCCAGUGAUGGGGAUGCAUUUGAACUGACUGUGUCCUGCCAAGGCGGGCUGCCCAAAGAAGCCUGUAUGGAUAUUUCAUCACCAGGAUGUCAGCCCCCUGCCCAGCGACUGUGCCAGUCUGUGCCACCAAGCCCAGCCUGCCAGCUGGUUCUGCACCAAGCACUGACCGGUGGCUCAGGAACCUACUGCCUCAAUGUGUCUCUAGCUGAUGCCAAUAGCCUGGCAGUGGCCAGCACUCAGCUUAUCAUACCUAGUCAAGAAGCAGGCCUUGGCCAGGCUCCCCUGAUUAUGAGCAUCUUACUGGUGUUGAUGGCUGUGGUGCUUGCAUCUCUAAUAUAUAGGCGCAGACUGAUGAAGCAGGGCUCUGUUCUCCCCAUUUCCCAGCUGCCACACAAUGGUAUCCACUGGCUACGUCUGCCCCAGGUCUUCCGCACUUGCCCUGUGGGUGAGAACAGCCCCCUCCUCAGUGGGCAGCAGGUCUGA